AUGAGCAGAUGGGCAGAGGCUUUUUGUUGCGAUGAGCAGAAAGUUGAUCUAUUUGAUAUUGUAAUUUUAUUGGAUACUUCUACAUAUUACUUUUGAAUCUAGAUCAGUGCAAAAUUGUCGAGGAUGGAAUUUCCACAGUGGUUGAGUUGGAGCAGCUCAUUUGAUCAUGAGAAGGUUAUUAUCUGUGACCAAAGAAGGCUGUUGAACUCGGUAAGGUUUAUUGUUGCUACCUUUUCUUUAAUGGGGCUUCCAAUGUUCAGAAUUUCAAGCCGUGUGAGCUGGAAUUCGUUAAGUGUAGUUGGACUUUGGAGCAUAGUUUGGAAUUGGAAUAAAACAAGCAUGAGAAAUACAGUACACUCAGAAGGCGAUAUCAAGACUGAAAAUGCAAGAAGUUUCUGGAGGUAUGCUUUGCAUUGUUUAUUCUUCUGUAAACUUAUUUAGUCCCUUUUCCCUGGAUGCUUUACGCUUGAUCAAUAAAAUAAUUUGUCCUGAACUCAUGGGCUUCUUCUGAAUGGAUUGUUUAUUUUCUGUAACUUUUGUUUAACCAAAUACCAUGUCUUUAUGGUGACCUUAUCAAGGUGGAGAAAUUGCAAUUUUGAAAGAAACUAUGUGAUCCUCGCCAUUUUAUAUGAGCACAGGUGUUUGGAUUUGAGAACACUAUUACUCUUUUAUUGGCAUCUCCGGACUUUCUAUGAUGCUUUUUAUAUUACAAACUCUGGGCCAUAAAUGACGUUACUCUUUUCUGAGAUUUCUUUAGUUUUUAUCCUUUAUUAUUUUAUUGCCCGCUCACAAUCUCAGUAAUGCAGAAGGAUGUAGCUCCUAAGUGAAUAGAUUGGGGAAGAAAAAGCUUCAGCAAUUGCAUUAUCUCUGCAAAUCACGAUAUUUCCAAUAUCUUCAACAGGACAAGAAAUGGUGAUGCAUGUUUUGUCUCCUUCAUCAUUUUCAACUAGAUAAGAGUUCAUGAAAAGUUUGCAGAUAACUGAUCCUUUCAUACAAGCAACCAUCUAGUUGCUCAUAUUACAAAAUGUUUCAUAGUACACAACGUGCACGCCUUCAGUUGGAGAAGCUCUAUACCAGGGUUAUUAUCCCCUUCAUUCAUCUCUUCAAUGUUUGGUAAGUUAUGGUCUUUCCUUGAGACUAUUUAUCAUUUUAAUAAUUGAGUUUCAGAUGCGCUAAUUACGAUGUUAACUGAUGCUGAUCCAUCUUCUAAUUUUUUGUUUAAGUCAACUUCAUGAAUCCAAUCUCUCUAGUGAAAAUAAGGUGUAUAUCUUGAUAUAACAGAGUGCUUGUUCUUUGAUAGCGUUGUUCUAAAGUUUUUACUGAUUGGCUUGUUACCCUU